ACCCCGACCCCUGCCCUGAGCCUGGUGACCCCCUUGAGAUGCCCCCCCCCAGCGAGGGCCUGGGCAGCGAGGAGGAGCAGGCGGCUGCCUUCGAGAAGAGCAUGUUCGUGCUCACGGAGCUGAUCGAGACGGAGAAGAUGUACGUGGAGGAUCUGGGCCAGAUUGUGGAGGGCUACAUGGCGGCCAUGCGGGUGCGGGGGGUGCCCGAGGACCUGCGAGGCAAGGACCAGAUUGUCUUUGGCAAUAUCCACCAGAUCUACGACUGGCACAAGGACUAUUUCAUGGGGGAGCUGGAGAAGUGUCUGCAGGAUCCCGACCGCCUGGCUCAGCUCUUCAUCCAGCACGAGCGCCGUCUGCACAUGUACGUGGUUUACUGCCAGAACAAGCCCAAGUCUGAACACAUCGUCUCCGAGUUCAUCGACACCUACUUCGAGGUGCGGGGACCCCCAGACCCCCUGGACAUCCCAGAACCCCCCCUAUAUUCCCAGUACUCUCCAGGACUGCCCUAUACCCCUUGGUGUCCUGCUCACUCCUGGCCCCGCAGGAGCGCCGUCUGCACAUCCCCAGCACCCGCUGCCCCUGCGGAGCUUGGCCACCCUGAGGCCCCAGCUGGGGCAGGAUCUGGGGGCAACCAGCCUGCCCCCCCACCCCUCUGCCCCCCCUUGCAGAGGGCGGUGGAGGUGACGUGCUUCGUGCCCAAGCGCUGCAAUGACAUGAUGAACGUCGGGCGCCUGCAGGGGUUCAGGGGAAAGCUGACGGCGCAGGGGAAGCUGCUGCAGCAGGACACGUUCUGGGUGACUGAGGGCGACGGGGGGCUCCUGCCCCGUGGGCGCCGGCGCCGCGUCUUCCUCUUCGAGCAGGUCGUGAUCCUGAGCGAGGCUGUGGACCGGCGCCGCGGCUUCACCCCCCCGGCCUACGUGCACAAGAGCAGCAUCAAGAUGAGCUGCCUGGGUCUGGAGGCACCGGUGGACGGCGACGGGACGCGGCUGGCGCUGAGCUCGCGGGCGGCCGACGGGUCCCGCACCCACUACGUGCUGCAGGCGGCCACCCCCGAGGUUGCCAGUGCCUGGGCCCGCGACAUCGCCCGUCUGCUGGACACACAGCGAGACUUCCUCAAUGCGCUGCAGUCACCCAUUGAGUACCAGCGCCGGGAGAGCCAGUCUCACAGCCUGGGCCGGGCAGGCACCCCCCGGGCCCCUCCCCGGCCCCGCUCCUCAGCCUCCAUGGACCGGGCCCUGACCCUCGGCCUGGGCGAGCCCCGCGCCUCCCUGCCCGCCCUACACUUGCCCGGGGGCCAGCCCCGCCUCGGCCCGGCCCCCACAUCUCUAAAAUGGGGGGCGUGGCUGUGGAAGGAGGUGGGGGGAGCAGGGGCCUGGGGGGCAUUGGAUGCCUAA